AUGCUUCAUUCGGUCGCGAGAAUAUUAGCAAAAUCUGAUAAUCAUUUCAGCGCUCAUGAAGCUGAUUCAAGCUAUCCUAACCAAUCAUUCAGAUUAAACGAACCUUCGGCCAAAGAUGAGAGGAGACGUGACGUUGGGAAUCUCAAAGAGCUUGACGACUACCAGGCAGAGUACGGUGGAACUGGGGACAAGGAGGACAACUCAGCAACUCUAUCUUGGUUCACCUUAUCCGCAUUGAACAAAUGGCAAAACUUGGGCUGCACUUCCAACAAUUUUUACAAAACCAGUUUCGGAACCUGGAGUUCGGGAUCUCUGUAUCCAAAACCAGAUCUGUUUCGUUAUUCAAAUUGUGACAGUGAUAUGAUUGAAAGUGCCUACUUUACAACGCCUGAUUCGACAUUUUACUGGAUGAAAAAUCGGACUCCUAAUUCAGAGGCAUUACCAAAACCAUUAGUAUCGAAUGAGAUAUUGGCGGUUUCACAUUCAGGUUUGGUUCCGCAGUCUGGAAGUGACUCCAACUCUAGGUCAGCGAAACCUUUUCGUUUGAAGACUUUGUUGGAGACCGGUGAUCAGAGCAUGGAAAAUCGGGAAUUGCAAGAAAUUUGUGAAUUCGCGCGCUACUUCAAAUUUCGACGUCUCACUAUGGGCCUUACCCAAACCCAGGUCUGCCUAUCUCUGAAUGAGAAGGAAGGUUCGGUGUACAGUCAGAGUGCCAUUUGCAGAUUUGAGAAGCUGGAUGUCACAGCCAAAUCUGCAAGACGUAUGAAACCGGUCUUAGAACGAUGGUUGGCUGACAAGGAAUUGGAAGCUUCACUUUAUGAAGGAUCGGAUGGAAAGUUGCGUUACUUAAAAUUUCAAAGCAAUUCCAUUCGAAGAAGAAAACGACGCACAUGUUUCAGUCCUCGAGCUCUGUCCUGUUUAACGGAUCAACUACGAAGAAAUCCCUAUCCAACAAGUAUGUAUAUGCAGUAG